AUCUUCUAUUCAUAUUCAUGCGUCAUGUCCAUGUGUUUUGAUAAAGGUUAUGUUUAUGUGCAUUUAUUGUUAAGUUUCUCAACUUAUUAAGUGUUUUAUUUUCUUCUCGUUUAUAUUUUUUAUGUAAAGAUGGGUGUUGCAAUUGAUAAAUUAAAUGAAACUCAAAGAUCAUUGCUGUUGUUGAACGGGGACGACUUAUUUGGUGAAAAUGGUGAACUCAGAGAAUACUUUCCUGAUGCUGAUUUUGUUAAAUAUUUAAGCUGUGAUGUCUCAAAGAAAAUAUUUGAAAAAUUUCAAAAGAAUUGUGAAAGCCAAAAUGUGGAAGAAUGCUUGAAACAGUGCGUACUUUCAUGGCUCAAUGAAGAAAAUUCCACAGAACGCCAGUUUCAACUACUCUCAGUUGGCAUUGCAGCUCUUUUAGCAUUUGUGCAAGACAAUUGGUGUGGACCUAGCUUAAAAGAAAGUGUUCCCUGGCUUCAGCCUUGUAUGCAUACCACAGAUGAAGAUUGUGUUAAUGUAUUCAUCGAAAAUUUAGUACUUGAUGCUGAAGCAGUUGUGAGUGUAGCUAGACAUCCAGAACUUUUAGUUUUGGCUCGUGCUGUUUUUCUGUCAGAAUUGCCGGAUCUAGAGAGCACCCUGUGGUGGAGGUUUCGAUGUAUCGCAGUUCAUCAACAAAUACUAGAAGAAAAAUCUCCCCAGCUUCAUGAAGAGUUAGUUACACUGAAAGAUCGACUUCUGCAAUGUGAAUUUUUGAAGAAAGACCGAGAUUUGAGUAUCCUAGCUCAACUUGAAAUCUCACAAGUACACCUAAGCUAUCAUGAAGUGCAACCGUCACAGCAGCUCAUUCAAGCUGCACUUGAAGAAGCCAAUCUUAGCAUAAAUCUUACUGGUGCCCUUGGAAAGAGAACUCGUUUCCAGGUGCGUGAGCUUGCUCAGCUUACUUUGGAUGUCCAGUCUUCAACAGAAACAAGGAAUAAGCCCUGUAUACAGAAAGAUUUGCCAAAAGAUCUAAAACUUGAUGAUGACGUCCGAUUAGAUAAAAUAAAAUUCAGCAAUUCUGUUGAUGGUCAAUAUAAUGACUUAACUCCAAUCCAACAGGCAUGUGUUUUGGCUGCAUUUGUGCAAACUCAAAAAUGUCAACCAAAGGAUAAAUUGGCUGAUGAAGAACUCUUGGCUUACCUCACUUGUUUAUUGUCUCAACCUCAAGUAUGGAGUUUUCAGCUUUCUGGGCUUUUGUUUCGUUCUAAAAUUGAAUCAAACCAUUCCCGAACUGUAGAACGUUCAAUGACUCAAACCCAGGUUCUUGUGGAUUCAGUUAAUGCUCCAGCUCCAGAAUCUUGGCAACGCCUGUCAAUGAUAUUUUGUUCCCACUUGUGUCCCAGCUGGACCCUGGAGGAGCAAUUAGCAGACUUUUUUGUUUCUCUUGGUUGCAUUAACAGUGCAUUGGAUGUCUACUUACGUUUGCAAUGUUGGGAACAAGUGAUAGCCUGUUAUAACCAUCUAAAACUUAGGCAUAAGGCAGAGGAAAUUAUCAGACAAGAACUAGCUAAAAAAGAAACAGUUAAGCUGUGGUGUUUAUUAGGUGAUGCUACUGAUAAUGUUGAUUACUAUGAGAAAGCAUGGAACCUCAGCAAUAAGAAAAGUGCUCGUGCUCAGAAGCAUUGGGGCCUCUAUUUCUUCCACAGAAAGCAGUAUGCUGAAGCAAUUCCCCAUCUCCAAGAAUCUUUGUCCCACAAUUCAUUACAAACUACCUUGUGGUUUCAACUGGGUUAUGCAUCUCUUCAACAAGAAGAAUGGUCUAUUGCUGCUACCGCAUAUCGCCGAUGCUGUGUUUUGGAUCCUGAGAACUUUGAAGCUUGGAACAAUUUGUCCAAAGCGUAUGUAAAUCUAGGGCAGAAGAACAGAGCUUGGAAAUCACUACAAGAAGCCUUGAAAUGGGAUUAUGAAAAUUGGCGAGUGUGGGAGAACUUUUUGAUAGUCAGUUUGGACUGUGCUGUUAUGGAUGAGGUGAUACGGUCUUAUCAUCGCAUCAUAGAUUUGAGAGAAAAACAUUUGGAUGUUGAAGUGCUGGAGAUUUUGGGGAAGGCAAUUAUUGACAACUUACCAGAUUGUGAUGGAGUGCCUUGUGGGGCGCUCCUUGGCAAAGCCUUGGAGCUUCUGGGCAGAAUUACUGCACAGAUAACAAAUAAUUGGAAGGUGUGGCGCCUGUACUCAAGAUUGACCCGCGUGCUUCCUAAUCCCACCCCAGAAACUGAAUUCAAAGCUGUCCAGCACUUACAAAAGGCUCACAGAGCAGCUGUGGUUGAUGCAUCAUGGGUCAAUGAUACUGAAGUUUGCCUUGAAGUAAUAGGGUUGAGUGAAGAGCUGGCAAAUGUCUCAUUAACAUUUGCAAAUAAAAGCACAAGCAAACAACAAUCUUCGUCCGUACUGUCCUCAUCAAAACUCUCUUUAAAAUCAACUCUGACCAAAAUUAAGCAACAACGCCUUGACCUUUUAACUGGGCAAGUUGAAGAAGUUCUUCUGCCACAUUACAACAACUUGGACGGAUUGCUGCAACAAAUUGCUGAGGCAUCUGCUGCAUAGAAGAGAGCCAAUCACAAUUGUGACUUUCAAAUAAAGCCUUCUAGAGCAACCUUGUUUAUAA